CCCAACAUAAUAUUCUGGAGAACAGUAACGUGGCCCUAUAAACCACAACAACAACAACAACAGUAACUUCCUGUUACAAGUAACGAGAAAAAUUGCGUGAGAAUAAUGGAGAGCAUCGAGAACAUGUUUUUUAAGAACAUUGACAAGACUCGUGACCAGACGACUAAGUGUGCUUUUUCUGUGCUGGAAUACAUCACUGAUGAAAAUUUGAAGACCAAAUAUUUGAAAGAGCUUGAGAAGGUCUUAGUGAUGUGUGUGGAAUCAGAACAUGCCGUGGCUCUUUCUCGCAGAGCAGCGAAGGAGGCUGAAGCAAGAUCACUGGACGAGAAUACAAAUUUACCAAGCGCACAAAAAUUUGAUGAGGCUUAUGUGGAGAAUAUGGAGGAACUGGAGCAAGACGCAGUUAUUGAGGAAAUUAUCAACAAUGCUCCAAGUGUGAAAGCAUUUAGAGAACAACUUCAGGCUCAGAUUGUUCCAGUGAGUGCCAACAUUGAUGAUGACACAGAUCUGGUGACAACUCAACACACUAUCAAUUUAACUGAUCCAAUUAGUAAGAUGCCCAUGACCGAUCCUGUACGAAAUAAGCACUGUGGACAUGUUUAUGAGAGAUCAACUGUAACAAAUAUGAUAAAAUCUACUAAACGUAAAAAAUUUCGAUGCCCUUGUAUGGGAUGUGGGUAUCGUGAGCCAAUAAAAUUAACUGACUUAGAGGAUGCUCUUGAUGUAAAACGACAAAUUAUACUUCAAAAGAAAUAGAAUUGCAUCUUGAGAAAUCAGAGUUGUGAAUAGGGCUGAAGAUGCAGAAAUAAAAUAAAAAAUCUAGCAGUUAUCCAAAAGGGAUAACUAGUUCUGUGUUCGCAUAGAAAAAUGAAAAAUUAUAAGACUAAAAUCUGUGUAUGGUAUAGUAUUAAGAAACACAGUAAAACCUCUCAUUAAUGUAUUUUGGCAAUUUUGGACACAAAAAUUGGCAAGACAAAAUGAACAAAAGUCCAUAAUUCCGCUUUUGUCUGUAGCGAUAGUGUCCUGUUAUGUUCUGAAGUAUCAGGCCAAGUCUGCUAGCUCUGAUGCUUGUCCAAUAUGGGCCAAAGCAGCCAUGUCCAGGACCUGUCUAUUUUCAUUGUUCCCUGAUCUUUAGGCUACUCGCACCAGUUUGUGCUCACACACAUACACUUGUCAUUCAGUUUCUAAUUUGGAGUUGCAGACAAUUGGCUUUUUCAUACUCUGCCGCCUUUAGGUUCAUUAAUGAGAGGUUUUACUGUUCUGGAUUGCAAUGAGAAGAGUACUCUGAAGUUCACAAGAUUUGCCUGCCAUUUUACUUUUUCUUGAGAAAGAAAUAAAAGGCCAUCAGUAAUAUCAGUGAAAAACAUGCUUUACUCAUUUCUUACCAAAAUAUGCUCUCAUGAACAAUAUCUUUAGAGUUUUGCUUGCUUUGCUAUUAUAAGUGAGGUAAGUCCUACCAUUUAGUGUCUUGACAAUUACAUAAUGGUUAGGUAUUUGAAAUACUGGACUGUACAUUGAAUCUGCCUACAGUGGCUUCUCGCUCUCUUUUUCUUAACCACUUCUGAUCUCAUUCUCAUGCUAUCACAGUAUACACCGAUGGUUCCAAGUCUUCUGACAGUGUCAGAUUUGCAGCAGUGUUUCUGGACAGCAUCAUGCAAGGGCAUUUAUUAUCCUUGGCUAGCAUUUUUACGACUGAAUUGUACGCCAUUCUCGUAGCACUUAUCCGUAUUGCAUCUAUGUCUGUGUCACCACUUGUGGUCAUUUCAGACUCCCUUAGUGCUUACAGGCUAUAAGAAAAUUUGAUACACCUCAUCCCCUGGUUCUUUGUAUCCAACUAUGGUUAUGCCAUAUCUGUAGCAAGCACAAAGAUGUUGUUUUUUGUUGGGUCCCUGGUCAUGUUGACGUAUAGGGCAAUGAACAGGCAGACACUGCUGCGCGGUCAGCAGUACAUGACCUUUCAGUUUCAUAUAGAGGUGUUCCAUUCACAGACUAUUUUGCUGUAAUUGCUACCCACCUUUGUACCCGCUGGCAGCAACAUUGGUCUGUUCUGCUACAUAAACUACAUUCUAUUAAACCAAGUAUAGGUUUCUGGCUGUCUUCUUGUCAUCAAUGUCGAGGUUGGGAGACUACUCUCUCCCGUCUUCACAUUGGCCACACUUGCCUUACUCACGGGUAUCUCAUGGAGAAUUGUCAGGAUCUAGUUUCUGUUAGCCAUAUUCUGUUGGGCUGCCCACUCCAUAAACGAGCACGCAGAAUUUACCUCCAACGUAAUCACUGCUCUACUGCCCUUACUUUAGCUUCCCUUCUUGCUGAUGGACCCUCCUUUAACCCAGACUCAUUGACUUUUUGACAGCAACUGAUUUACUGCACAAACUUUAAUGAUGAUGCCUCUAGCACUCCUCACAGCCCUUUCUACCUCAGUCUCGUGCUACCCUCUACCCCUGCACUAUCCACUGCCCUGCUGCACUCCAUGACCUAAUAAUAAUCCCUCUCCCUCUUGCUACUCAAUACCCCUUCAUCCUUCCCUGCCCUGCUGCAGUGUAUGACCCUUUUAGGUUUAGUGCUUCCUUUUUAUUAUUAUAAUGUACUGUACAUUGAAUAUUAUGUUAUUCUGUGAAACAUAGUAUGUAUUUGGUGUUUGAGUAACCAGUAACUCCAGUUAUCUGAUACCCCUAAUGGUGUGUAAUGCCAAGGUAAUACGUACUAGUUAAUAGAAUUAAAAUUAAGCAGGAGAUAGUGUUCAGGGGCUUAAUUUGGCCAUAGUAUAAUUCAAGAUUCCAUUACAUGCUGUGCCCAUGCUUGACACCUCACUAGGCCUCAGUCAAUGUGUUGAAUCACUUCCAACUAUCAUCCUGACUAGUGCCUAGUAAUUUGUAUGAGCCUCAGUUAUUAAAAUUUUUAAUAUGUCCUCAAAUAAUGCUCAGGAAGCAAAUGAAGUGUGUUGUGCAGAGUAUUGAGCAAAAAAAUAGUGACUGAAACUGAAGAAUAAGUUAGGAGGGGGGAGGUUGAAGAAUUUAUAAGCUAUGAUUAGAAUUCACUUCAGCAGGUCAUU